CCCGCACAUGAACCUGGUAGUACUGGAGCAGGGAGCCAUUGCGCGGAAUACAUUCAGCAGGUCGUUAACACUGCUGGCGGUUUGGCUGCAGAUGCAGGUCGCAGAGUGGAAGCGCGAGGCGGGGGGAAAUGGCGAACGGGCGCGGGCGGCGGUGCGCCUUGUGAGGAUACAGUAGACAUUGGGAGCGGAGGCAGGCGGCAGCUCGAGGACAGAGAAGGAGGAGAAUCAUGGAGGACUCAGAGCCCGCAGAGGACGGCUUGCUCGCGGGCUUGCGGUGGAACCGGAGCGCACGGGACCAGGCUCAGCUCAAACACAAAAUCCGGGAUCUGCCGGGGCUACUCAAGCACGGGCUGCACCUGCGGAAGAAGAGCCAAUCACCUGACACUAUCCCUGGACCGAGCACUGGACCUGCAGUACACAAGUCUUGUUCCCAGAGUUUCCCGUGUGCUGGACGGGCUGUGAGGAACGCCUUCCUCUCUCACGGACCAUACCCAGCUAAAGAUAAAAUACACCUGGCCAGAAUCAUACGGCGUAGCUAUGUGGGUGUGGAGCUGGUGCAAUGGCUGUGUGAGCAGUGUGUGUAUGUGCGCUGUCGGACUACCGCUGUGCGUGUCUGGCAGGUGCUGCUGGAGCUGGGAGUCCUGUUGUCUGUGGACCAGCGAGUUGUGUUUUCAGAUUCAAACUCUUACUACCAGUUCAGCUUUGAGGAGUGUGACUCCGCCUCCUGUGAGUUUUGCUCCAAUGAGGGGGAGUGGCCUGAGGCAGUUAGGCUCCUCCUACAACUUGCCCCAUAUGUCCAGUUUCGCUCAGGGGGCGAAGUCAACAGCCCGUCCGAGGAGGACUCAGAGGGCAACAGGGACAUCUGCAGUGAGAUUCUACAGAUGAAGGCUCUUGAGAGGCUCACCUCUACGGUACAAAGUGAGUUGGCGGCCGCUCUUGCCCGAAAGACUCGCAAAGCUUUAUCAGAGCAGGACUCUGAGACGACGGAGACAAGCCAACAGGAGCCUCACACACCCAGCGAGCAAAGCAGCCCACUGGGCGGGGUGUGUCGGAACCAGGCGGAGGUGGUGGGGAGAGUGUGUCUGAAGGAGAGAGGACGGGAUGUGUUGGUGUUGCAAAGAGUGACAUCAUCAGUGACAUCACCAACAGACCGGCCCUCGCCCACGUCGUCAGGGGGCGGAUCCAGAGAGGAGGACUGCGACAAGAGGUAUGUGGUGGUGUCAGGAACACCACUCAAGAUCUUGGAGCACCUUCUAAGUGACCUGCGGUUGGAUGACCAAAGAGGGGCACCAGAGAGCAGAGAGAGCGAAAUGCUGCUGGAUGACUUCCUGUUAACCUACCUGGUGUUCAUGUCCACUAAUGACCUCUGUCAGGCUCUGCUGGGACACUAUAGCAGUGCUCGCUGCCGGGGACAGGAGGAGGGCAAGGACGCUCUCUUCAGGAAGCGUAAGGUGCUACAGCUGGUGUCCCACUGGAGCAGGCUUUACAAGGACUUCCUGAAGGAAGAGGAGCACGUCAGAAGCUUUAUGAAGACCCUGUACAGGUGUGUUUUAGAGGAUCUGUAUGAGUUUCCCACACUGGAGAAAGACCUUAAGGAGUUCCAGAAACUCCUCUGUCGCAGACACACUGUGGAUGACUGUCCUCCAAGCCAAAAGAGUAAACAAAUGUAUCAGCAGCUGAGUUUGAAGGAAAACUGCUUGCAACUCCGAACUCCACAGACUGAGACUAAAGAGGUUAUUUGUUGCGUGUACGUGAGCACUGACUCCUACCUGAGUGUCCACACUCACCCUUCACUAGAGGCCCAUGAGUUGCUAAGGAUUGUGGGUCUGAAGAUGGACAGAGCAGAAGAAGACAUGGUGCUCGCUGUGGUCUCUAACACCGGAGAGCGGAGGGUGUUACAGCCCAGUGACUGUGUGUAUUCAGAGUCUCUGACCCCACAAGGGAAGCUCAUGGCCUGUCGCAGGGACCUCACUGAGAUCUUGCCUCCUUUAACAGACAGUGCUGAGCUAAGCAAAAGGCCAGUGCGACUCUUAGGCAUCAACACAUGGGACGUGGCAGCUGCUCUUACACACCUGGACUGGAGCCUCUUCAAAUCCAUCCAUGAGCAGGAGCUGGUGUACUACACCCUCAGCCGUGCAUCUGGUAGUGGCCACACAGCGGCGCUCUCAGUCCUGCUCCAGCGCUGCAAUGAAGUCCAGCAGUGGGUCAUGUCUGAGGUGCUCAUGUGCGUGUCCCUCAGUAAGAGAGUGCAGCUGCUUAAGAAGUUCAUUAAGAUUGCUGCUCAUUGUAAAGCCCAAAGAAAUCUGAACUCUGCAUUUGCCAUCAUCAUGGGUCUCAACACGGCAGCUGUCAGCCGACUCAACCAAACCUGGGAGAAAUGUCCAGGGAAGUUCAAGAAGCUUUUCUCGGAGUUGGAGCUCAUCACGGAUCCAUCUCUGAACCACAAAGCCUAUAGAGAAGCCUUCAAGAGGAUGAAACCUCCCAAGAUCCCUUUCAUGCCUCUUCUUCUGAAAGAUAUCACCUUUAUCCAUGAGGGAAAUAAAACCUUCCAUGACAACCUGGUCAACUUUGAGAAGCUGCAUAUGAUUGCAGACACAGUGAGAAUGAUUCGCCAUUGCCAAAGCGACCAGCCAGGCAAUGAGGUCAUCGGGGUUGACAGUUCAGAGGUGAGGGCGAGCGUUCACUACCUGCACAUCAUCGACAAUCAGCAGACACUUUUCGAACUGUCACACAAACUGGAGCCACGCGCUUAAGCACACAUAUACACAUGUAAUUCAUGGACUCACACAAACACUGGACACAAAGCAAUGGAAAUGCUAGCACCGGGUAACACAGAGGAUGCUUUGUACAGCAAAAUGUCACGCACUCACAUGCAGACUGCAUCAGAAUCACACUACCAGCAGUGUUGCCAAGUGGACACUGAGGUGUCCUGUCUUCUGAGAAAACCCACGAUGACACAGAACUGAACUCUCCCUGUUCUCUAAAGGAUUCAGAACACUGAAAAUGUGUGUAUAAAGGAUUUAUAAACUCUAUAUGUGCUCUAUAAACUGUCUACAAGAAUAGAUUCUGCACAGAAAGACAGGUUCAACAAACUGAGAGAGAGUAGAGGAGACUGUAAUUAGUUUGUACAGAAUCUGUUGGACUGAAUAUGUCCUUGUUUUUAUUCUGGUGAUAAUUUUUUUGUUAUUUAUGAGCCUAGCCAGCAGGUGGAAUAUUUCUUUAUCUCUGUCAGUCUCAUCACCCCCUCACUGAGGUCAGCCAGGACUGGUUAGCUUCGUCAUCAUUUCAGUGACAAACACAAAAACAUCUGUAGAGGAGUUAGAUGUGCUCAUAACCUGAGGGCCAACAUGUUCCCCAGUGAUGCUCUUGUUUUAUUUCAUUGGCAUAUCAUAUAUUUGCCCCGUGAUCCAUGUAGGAUACAUGCUAGUUACGCUUUAACAUACCUACAUUUACUUUAACAUACCCACUCUUUCAUACCUUUGCUCAUUGAGGCUCUGUAUUUUAGUUGGUAUGUGACAUGUGAAAGAAGUAUUGACUGACUGUGACGUCUGAAGCACUGAAGCUCUCCUAAACAUGCCAGAGUUCAAAAACAGAUGAUGAACACUGAACAGUUGUAGUGCUCCUUUGCAUUUUAAAGUCCAGGUUGACUUUUAGUUAAACACUCCUCAUGCACUCUUCUCUAGGAUGUGAAUGUGUGAAUAGUCAUUUUACAUUGUACUGUAUGGAUAUACAUGGACCAUAACAUUUUGCUGUGCCAAAUGUCACACUGAGUCUUGCAGCCAGAUGUACAGCAGAGCUUGUGGUUUGUUUAGGAAUCAUCAGUGCCAGAAUUUGAUUUCCUUGAACAAGCCCCGGAGUGACAUCUGGUCCUUGAUCAGGUAAAGCAGAUCCCCUUUGAAGAGAUGCUUUCUGACAUUGUGAUGACUGAGUUCAGGGUGUGUGUGUGUGUGUGUGUGUGAUUGUAUCCCACUUGCUCAGGGUUGCUAUGGAAACAGCCCCAUCAUAGAGCUUUUUUCUUUUUGUUUUUUUAAUCCUUGAGUUAUUUAUGUUAACAGAUAUGUGAAAGCACUAUACCACAGAACUUUGUCAGAAAAGCUUUAAUCAACAAAAUCAUGUCCACGAGGAGGUUUGGACACUGAUGGUUCAUUCUUACUGACUGAAACAAUCGCUACAUUCAGACACGAUCUUGUGUAAACUGCAUAAAAAUCAACACGUGGUGUGGACAGAAUUACUUAAUGGAAACACAAGGUCACAGACGUCCUCCAUUGUAGUAAGACUGUCUAGUUCAUCCAUUAUUUAUUUAUAACUUAAAUUAUGGUUAUCAUAAUCUUGGCCCUCCUGCUACAUGAUCCUGUUGAUUCGUUCAUUUGUUAUGCAACCUCUCUUGUUCCUGUAAUAAAGACUCUAGCUCAUUCUGUAGUUCUGAAAAGAAAUGCAGCACGGGAUGAAGGAAAUCACUCAAAGUUUAUAUUUGUGAUGAUGAUAGAUAGCAAUUAAAACAAGAAACACAUCCUUCAGAACCAUGAGCAGUCUUUGUGUUUGUCAGACCUCAUUAGUGUUUGUAUUAUCAUGUUGUUGCCUUGAAUCUGUUCAUGCAGUCACUUCAGUGGUAUAUUUCUGCUGAGUAGGUGGAACCAUCCACAGGUGAUGUUCCUAAAUGUUACGCAGCAUGUCUUGCAUCUUUUGGCUGGUUAUAAAGCAUGAGGGUAAAGUGCAAUAGGGUAGAAAUGUUGUUGCCACAAGUGUUCAUCAUCAUUUCAAGUCUUUCAGAGCACAGAACUGCAUUCUCCUGCAAAUCAUAGUGGUUCAAGAGCACAGAGUCAAACUUGCAUUUCAGAAAGACAUCUUGGGUUCAUGAAAAGAUUCACUUUAAGUAUAUGUUUCUGUUAUGAGCAGCUUAGUCUCUGUCUGCGCAUUAAAAACUGACCCAUUGUUGUUACCAACACUUCCUGCUAAUGCUCUGACACUGACAGUACAGGCAAUUUUGUGGACACAGUAAUAGUCACUGACUAAUUCAAACUGAAACCUAGUGAUGUGUUUCAUAGUAUGUGGAUGUAAAAUCUAAAUACAUAUUGAGGGAGUAGCAAAACUCCUGAGUGAAUAGAA